AUGUUGGACAAUGAUAUGUUUCCUCUACAUUACUGGAACUGGGACAACCAGUUGAAGCACCCGCCCCUCGCCAAUGUCAUUCCUGCCAUGUACUCGAACCAAGAGUUGCCAUUGUACCACCCCGUUUGGAACAACUCCUUGGCACCGCCAUUCGUGGUUGACAUGGACACGGCGAGGGGAUGCACCAAGAAGACGUUGGAGUUUCUUCAGUUCAGCAAAGUAGAAUCCGGCGAGAUGGAAGCAUGGACUUUUGAGGAUUAUUCUCAUAGAACCGUCCACGCGUGGAUUGAGACCCCGGAUGCCCAGGCGCCACUCUACCCGUCGGACAAUAUCGGCAACUUCGGUUGGUCCGCGUUUGAUCCUAUUUUCCACCCGCACCACGCGAAUAUGGAUUGCAUUUGGAAUAUCUGA